AUGGGGGCCGCCGGCAGCAACCCCGCCGCGGAGCCUCCCCAACGGGGCUUCCCCACGAAGUUGCGGGGCCACGGCACAGGACCUCUGCCGGAUGCUCUGUGGGCGCGGAGCUGGAAACGCCUCCUCUCCCACCUGGGUGGGACUCUGCUGGGCCUGGAGCAGGCCUUGUCGCCCCGAAGCCCCCCGAAGAGAGAGCUGGGGCAGGGGGAUGAGAAGACCCCCGAUGCGGCGGGGGCCGAGUGGCCAACGGCUCCCCACGCCUCCCUCUUCCUGCCCGAGUUUCCUGUCCAGCCUCCACUGCGGCAGCAGCAACUCAAGAUUCUGGGCUUCCUGUCCAAGGGCACCUUUGGGACCGUCCUCAAAGUGCUGGACAGCUCUCAAGCGAAGGUCUUUGCGCUGAAGGUGUUGCCCAAAGCGGAGGUCCUUCGCAGGGACAGCGUCAGGCAGUGCAAAGAGGAGGUCAACAUCCAGAGGGAGGUCCACCACCCGUUCCUCCACUGUUUAGGAGACAGCUGGCAGGGAAAGCAUCAUCUCUUCAUUAUGUGCAGCUACUGCCGCUCCGGGGAUCUCUUCACGCUGUGGAAGACGGCCGGGCCCUUGGGCGAAGGGGCCAUCCGGCUCUUUGCCACGGAGCUGGUGCUGGUGUUGGCCUACCUUCACAACCAGGGGAUUGUGCACCGGGACAUCAAGAUGGAAAACAUCCUUUUGGAUGAACAAGGUCACCUGAAGCUGGCCGAUUUCGGCCUCUCCCGGCACCUACUCUGGGGCAGCCGAGCCUUCACCAUCUGUGGGACCCUCCAGUACAUGGCCCCAGAAGUGCUGAGAGGCGGCCCCUACGCCCACCCCGCCGACUGGUGGUCCCUGGGGGUCCUGCUGUUUGCGAUGGCCACUGGGCAGUUCCCUGUCCCCCCGGAGAGGGACCACCUGGCAAUGCUGCGGAGCGUGAAGCAGAGCGCGUACACCAUCCCGGCCGGGCUCAGCUGGGGCCUCCGUCUCCUGCUCAGCGAGCUCCUGUGCCAGGACCCUCAACGCCGGCCCUGCCGCCUUCCCCACUUCCGCGCCCACCUCUUCUUCCGUGGCAUGAGCUUCGAUGCCGACACCCUCAGGAAGCAAGUGGCAGAUUUCGCCCUGGGCUGGCAGCCCCUGCAGAGCCCCCCCGUGGACCCAGCUGCCUUCUUGGAAUUCGACUGUGAUCUGGGGGGGCCCUGA